UAAACUUUUGUAAGGAAGUUGUUAAAUAUGUAUAAAAAAAUUCCAAUGAUACACAAUAGUUGGUUUAAAAUCAGGGACAAAAUAAAAAAGAAAUUUUUUAAAGGACUAGUUUAUGAAUUUUUUUAUCGGAGAUGCCUGUUGAAUUGCCUGAAUCCCCUGUUCAGAAGUCUGAGAAUUCGGAUUCCAUUAGCCAUCCUCAAGAGAAAGAGAUUGCUGAAGUGGGAAGCUUGGAAAGUCCAACGAUGAUGCAACCCAUGUUUUCUAAUAUUGGAGAUGAUGUAGUUGAGGGUAGUAUUAGUAAGCCCGGUGAGUCUCAUGGUACUAGUCAUGUGCAUGAGACUAAUGAAAUCGAGACAAAAGAGGAGAGUAAAGAAGAAGAGAGGGUACAGGGAGUGGAAAAUGUAGAGAUAAUUUCUUCUGUACAACCUGAGGCAUCAGACAAUACUGAGAAAAGAGACGAAACAGACACUUCUGUUCUACAUUCUGUGGCUUCUGAAGAAACCAACAGCACUGACCAAUCAUAUAAUGAACAACCAUCCAGUGCUACUCCAAAUGAAUCUUCUGAGGUGGUAUCUGAUUUGGUUUCGCAUGACAAUGAAACAACUGUUAAAGAAAAUGAAAGGGACCAUCUUGCAAAUAAUAUCGAAACUGACAUAAAAGAGCAGCAUUUGAGUUCUGUAAAAAAUAUGUAUGACUCAAAUUCCAUAGCUGAGCUGGAGAGGGUGAAGAGGGAGAUGAAAAUGAUGGAGGCAGCAUUACAAGGUGCUGCAAGACAAGCACAGGCUAAAGCUGAUGAGAUAGCAAAAUUUAUGAAUGAGAAUGAACAAUUGAAAGCGUUGGUUGAAGAUUUAAAGGUAUAUAUUUUUUUCGAUACAUUGUUAGGAUCAUAUUUUGCUUUAAUACUCAGUUUUUUGAUACAAUCAAUUGACAUCAAAAGAAAGAAAAGAAAGAAUUUCCUUUACGCUGAUAGCUCUCUGCUCCAAUAUGGGCAGAGAAAACGAAGUACACAGCUUCUGAUUCUUCUUCAAUGACACGAUUGCCUCCCUCGGUUUCCUUCCACUCCUUCUGAUAUACAUUCUGUUAUUUAUCAUUCAAAUACAUUUAUUUAUUAUGCUAUUCAAUUAUAACCUCCCCCUCCUCUGGCUGAUUCCUCUUCAUCGUAAAACACACUCUUAAGUUUUAACUAUAUGCAGGUAUUAUGACAGCAUUUUUUCCUUGUGUAACAUUUGGACAAAUAGCAUAAGUAUUGGAUGGUGGAGAAUUGAUUAAGUAUCUCUAACCUUUAAUUCAUCAUGUUUUUGUUUCUUAUAACAACUAUUUUCUUCUACUAGAUACAACUCCAUGUAAUUAUGCAAGUUUAAGAUAGUGUUUGAAUUGUCAGUGUAUAAUUAAUUAUUUUUAGUAGAAUCUAGAAAUAUUUUUUAAAGAAUAUUGAGUUUGAUGUUUGAAUAAAAAGAGCCUACUUUAUUAAUUGUUAAUUCUAAAAUGAUGUAAGGCUGUCCUUUGGGAAGCUUCAUUUACCUGCUAAUGAUGCCUGCUUUGUGCACUCAAUGGAUUAUGGGGUCAAAGUACAGAAAAAAAAUUAAGGAAAAGGUAUGAUUUGGUGGAUGCUCCAUAUACAGAUUUGAUUUCUCACAUCUUUUGUCCAUGUUGUUCACUAUGUCAAGAGUUCAGAGAGCUCAAAAUUAGAGGACUUGACCCUGCUCUUGGGUGGAAUGGUAUUCUUGCAGAACAACAAUCAAAACAGUCAAGUAAUCAAACAUUGAAGAAUCCUCCCUCAGACCAAUUCAUGUCCAAGUGACCACAGUAACUGUCAAAAUCAUGAUAAUUGUAUUUUUUUUAUUGGUUUUUGUGUGUUGAUGUUUGACGUUUGUAACUGAAUUAUAAGAAAAUAAAGCCAUAAUUUGGCAAUUUCACAGUUUUUUGUC